AUGUACGAUCGUGCAUUCAGUACGUCUCAAUACAAGUGGCAACAAUACAAAAGCGAAAUAAGCAGCUUAAGAUUAAUUGAAAUGAAAACAUUUCAUAUGAAAUCUAACGGGGAUUUUGCUAGUAGCAUCAAACGUCACCAUCGGAGGAGCAGUUUUGAAUGUAAUGAAGAAAAAUUUCGUCAGAACGAGUCGACCGUGAAAAAGAAUUCGCUCGUGUUCGUGUAUCAAAAUCACAUGACUGAUGAAGGACAUAAAAUUUAUUUUGCCACCGUCACUGAAAACUCCAUUCAAACUCCAUUUAAAACACAAACAUUUCGCAUUCUGUCAGAAGUGUCAAGAAGAGAGUAG